AUGCAGCCACUCCCUGAUAUCCUUGGUGUGCUUUCUGAGCUCUGCACGCACGCGGACAAGCACGAGCCAACAACUGGGGCGGCGCGGAGGCGGAGCCGAGUCACUCCGCAGUUUGGGGCUCCGGUCCCCCGAGCCCGGCUGCACCUCGCUGCCUUCCGCUGCCAUGCGGGGCUGCGUGCACGGAUGAGAGAAGCAGCAGCCGCCGAGCUGGUCCCCCCUCCCGCCUUCGCCGUCACUCCUGCCGCCGCCAUGGAGGAGCCGCCGCCGCCGCCGCCGCCGCCGCCGCCGGAACCCGAGCCCGAACCCGAAUCCGAACCCGAGUGCUGCCUGGGGGCGAGGCAAGAGUGCAAGUUGGGAGACACCGCUUGUAAAACUUCUGAAUCUGACCCAGAGGACUUUUCCGAUGACACAAACGCAGAAAUUCUGUAUGGCACCUCUCCCCCCAGCACGCCGCGCCAGAUGAAGCGGAUGUCAGCCAAACACCAGAGGAGUAAUGUUGGGAGGCCUGCCAGCCGUUCGAAUUUGAAAGAAAAAAUGCAUGCACCAGAUCAGCCUCCACAUAAAGACACUGGAAAAGCAGCAGAGAGCCUGGAAGACUACAGCUAUAAGCAGGAGAAAAAGAUCCGAGCAACUCUUCGAACAACAGAACGUGACCAUAAAAAAAAUGUGCAGUGCUCCUUCAUGUUAGACUCAGUGGCAGGGUCUUUGCCAAAACAGUCGAUUCCAGAUGUGGGUCUCCACAAGCCUUACCUCAGCCUUGGCUGCAGCAACGCUAAGCUCCCGGUGUCUGUGCCUGUGCCCAUAGCCAGAACUGCCCGCCAGACUUCUCGGACUGACUGCCCAGCAGAUCGAUUGAAGUUUUUUGAAACAUUACGACUUCUUCUGAAGCUUACCUCAGUCUCAAAGAAGAAGGACAGGGAGCAGAGAGGACAAGAAAGUACUUCUGCUUUCUGGUUUAACCGAUCCAAUGAACUGAUCUGGUUGGAGCUCCAAGCCUGGCAUGCAGGGCGGACCAUUAACGACCAGGACCUCUUUUUAUACACAGCCCGUCAAGCCAUCCCUGACAUCAUUAAUGAAAUCCUUACUUUCAAAGUUAACUAUGGGAACUUUGCCUUUAUUAGAAAUGGAGCUAGUGUUAAUGGUACUUCCCUAGAUGGGCAAUGCAGUGCUCCCCGUGGAACAAAGACUGUGGGUUACUCAACCUACCACGAGCAUCUCCAGCGCCAGAGGGUCUCGUUUGAGCAGGUGAAGCGGAUAAUGGAGCUGCUAGAGUACAUAGAGGCACUUUACCCAUCAUUGCAGGCUCUGCAGAAGGACUAUGAAAAAUACGCUGCAAAGGACUUCCAGGACAGGGUGCAGGCGCUCUGUUUGUGGUUAAACAUCACAAAGGACUUAAAUCAGAAGUUACGGAUUAUGGGCACUGUUUUGGGCAUCAAGAAUUUAUCAGACAUUGGCUGGCCAGUGUUUGAAAUCCCUUCUCCUCGACCAUCCAAAGGCCAUGAAGCGGAGGAUGAGGGUGAUGACCCCGAAGGAGACUUGGAAGAGCUGGAGAGCAGUGCAGAUGAGAGUGAAGGAGAGCUCAGCUCUGCGUGGAGUGGACGAGGAAGCAGACAGGCCCCUGAGAGCAGUGUUGACACCCAGUCCCAGGACAGUGUGUCUAAGACACUUGAAGGGCUCGAGUCUGAGGAGGAGUCUGCUGGCUGGGGAGCCCCAGACUGCAGUUCUGAAGCAGGCUUUAGCAGACACUGUCGGACUUCUAUAUACAGACCGUUUGUAGACAAAGCCCUGAAACAAAUGGGUUUACGAAAGUUAAUUUUAAGACUUCACAAGCUGAUGGAUGGCUCUUUGCAAAGGGCACGGAUAGCCUUGGUCAAGAGCGAUCGUCCCGUGGAGUUUUCAGAAUUCCCAGACCCCAUGUGGGGCUCGGAUUACGUGCAGCUGUCCAGCACCCCUGCCUCCCGGGAGCAGAAGGGCAGCGCUGUCUCCUGGGAGGAGCUCCGCUCCAUGGACCUGCCGUCGUUUGAACCUGCCUUCUUAGUCCUGUGCCGCGUGCUCCUCCACGUCAUCCACGAGUGUCUGAAGCUGAGAUUGGAGCAGAGGCCCGCUGGGGAGCCAUCCCUCCUGAGCAUCAAGCAGCUGGUGAGAGAGUGUAAGGAGGUCCUCAAGGGCGGCCUCCUCAUGAAGCAGUACUACCAGUUCAUGCUGCGCGAGCUGCUGGACGGCCUGGGGCAGACGGACUGCAACAUGGACGCCUUCGAGGAGGACCUGCACAAGAUGCUGAUGGUCUAUUUUGAUUACAUGAGAAGCUGGAUCCAAAUGCUACAGCAGUUACCUCAAGCAUCCCAUAGUUUAAAAAAUCUGUUAGAAGAAGAGUGGAAUUUCACCAAAGAAAUCACGCACUACAUACGGGGCGGAGAGGCGCAGGCCGGGAAGCUUUUCUGUGACAUUGCGGGGAUGCUGCUGAAAUCCACAGGAAGUUUCCUAGAGUUCGGCUUGCAGGAGAGCUGUGCCGAGUUUUGGACCAGUGCUGAUGACAGUAGUGCUUCCGAUGAAAUAAGGCGAUCUGUUAUAGAGAUUAGCCGAGCACUGAAGGAGCUCUUCCACGAAGCCAGAGAAAGGGCCUCCAAGGCACUUGGAUUUGCUAAAAUGUUAAGAAAGGACCUGGAGAUGGCAGCAGAGUUCAUCCUUUCAGCCCCUACGAGAGACCUGCUGAGUGUUCUGAGAUCAAAGCACUAUAUUAAGGUACAAAUUCCUGGGCUAGAAAGCUUGCAGGUGUUUGCCCCUGACAUCCUCGCCAAGGAGAAGAGCGUUAUUUUGCAGUUGCUCAAUGCGGCCGCAGGAAAGGACUGUUCCAAAGACUCAGAGGACGUGCUGAUUGAUGCCUUUCUGCUACUGACCAAGCACAGUGACCGGGACCAGGAGGCAGACGAUGGCUGGGGCACAUGGGAAGAGCAGCCUGUCAAAGUCGUGCCUCAGGUGGAGACUGUGGAUACACUGAGAAACAUGCAGGUGGAUAAUCUCUUACUAGUUGUCAUGCAGUCUGCCCACCUUACGAUCCAGAGGAAAGCCUUCCAGCAAUCCAUCGAAGGACUCCUGACUCUCCGCCAGGAGCAGACGUCCAGCCAGCCGGUCAUUGCCAAAGCUCUGGAGCAGCUGAAGAACGAUGCACUAGAGCUGUGCAACAGAAUAAGUGAUGCCAUUGACCAAGUGGACCACAUGUUCACAUCAGAAUUUGAUGCUGAAGUUGAUGAGUCUGAGUCUGUCACCUUGCAGCAGUACUACCGGGAAGCAAUGAUUCAGGGGUACAACUUUGGAUUUGAGUAUCAUAAAGAAGUUGUUCGUUUGAUGUCUGGAGAGUUUAGACAGAAGAUAGGAGACAAAUAUAUAAACUUUGCCCGGAAAUGGAUGAAUUACGUCCUGACAAAAUGUGAGAGUGGUCGAGGCACCAGACCCAGGUGGGCGACGCAAGGAUUUGAUUUUCUGCAAGCCAUCGAACCUGCCUUUAUUUCAGCUUUACCAGAAGAUGACUUUUUGAGUUUGCAAGCCUUGAUGAACGAAUGCAUUGGCCAUGUCAUAGGAAAGCCACACAGUCCCGUUACAGGUUUGUACCUUGCUCUGCAUCGGAACAGCCCCCGGCCUGUGAAGGUGCCUCGAUGCCACAGUGACCCUCCUAACCCCCACCUCAUUAUCCCCACUCCAGAGGGGUUCAGCACCCGGAGUGUGCCUUCGGACGCACGGAGCCUCGGCAGCCCUGCUGCUGCUGCUGCUGCCGCCACCGCCGCCCCCGUCGGGCGCCCCAGCCCCUCUGGCAGCGACUGUGCGCCACCCAAACCCACCAGCAGUGCCCCUGAGACCAGACAGGAAAGUGGGUCUUGCCGUUUGUCUGUCGUCAUCGUCUUGGCUGAGGAUUUCAUUGAGUUCUCAGGAGUUUGGUGGACAAAAAUGACUGUUGGUUGUGCUCCUCUGCACCACGUAGCCGAGCGGAAGGAUGCCGAUACCACUUCUAAGCAAGGACCCAUUGAAGCUAUUCAGAAGUCAGUUCGGUUGUUUGAAGAAAAGAGGUAUCGAGAAAUGAGGAGAAAGAAUAUCAUUGGUCAAGUUUGUGAUACCCCUAAGUCCUAUGAUAAUGUUAUGCAUGUGGGCUUGAGGAAGGUGACCUUCAAGUGGCAAAGAGGAAACAAAAUUGGGGAGGGACAGUACGGGAAGGUCUACACUUGCAUCAGCGUGGACACCGGUGAACUCAUGGCCAUGAAGGAGAUUCGAUUUCAGCCCAAUGACCACAAAACCAUCAAGGAAACGGCAGAUGAACUAAAAAUCUUUGAAGGCAUCAAGCACCCCAAUCUGGUUCGGUAUUUUGGUGUGGAGCUGCAUCGAGAGGAGAUGUACAUCUUCAUGGAGUACUGUGACGAGGGCACACUGGAAGAGGUGUCACGGCUGGGACUUCAGGAGCAUGUCAUCAGGCUGUACUCCAAGCAGAUCACCAUCGCAAUCAACGUUCUCCACGAGCAUGGCAUAGUUCAUCGUGACAUCAAAGGUGCCAAUAUCUUCCUUACCUCAUCUGGACUCAUCAAACUGGGAGACUUUGGGUGCUCGGUGAGGCUCAAGAACAGUGCCCAGACCAUGCCUGGUGAAGUGAACAGCACCCUGGGAACAGCAGCUUACAUGGCUCCUGAAGUCAUCACCCGAGCUAAAGGGGAAGGCCAUGGACGUGCUGCCGACAUCUGGAGUCUCGGCUGUGUCGUGAUCGAGAUGGUCACUGGGAAGAGGCCCUGGCAUGAGUAUGAACACAACUUUCAGAUUAUGUAUAAAGUGGGAAUGGGACAUAAGCCACCAAUCCCUGAAAAAUUAAGUCCCGAAGGAAAGGACUUCCUUUCUCACUGCCUUGAAAGUGACCCAAAGAUGAGGUGGACGGCCAGCCAGCUCCUCGACCACGCAUUUGUCAAGGUUUGCACAGAUGAAGAAUGA